CCUUGUAAGAGUGUGGAUAUGAAAAUGGCAGUGCUUUGCUGUACGUCCAUGCAGCUCUUGCUGGUGGCACUGGCCGCUCUGGCUGGGAUCUGUUUGGGAGGGUCCGACGGGCCCCGUGGAGUGGCUCUUCCUUUUGUCUUUGACCCCAAAGCGACGUGCGACCCACCUUGCAAACAUGCUGGGAUUUGCAUCCGAAACAACAGCUGCUUCUGCUCAAGAGGAUAUGAGGGAGAAACCUGCCAAUAUGCAAACUGUUAUCCAAAGUGUAAAAACGGUGGAGAGUGCCUUCGACCUGGAAAAUGUAGAUGCCCUUCAGGAUUUGGAGGAAAAUACUGUCACAAAGUGGUUUGUGAUGGUGGCUGUUGGAACGGUGGUGAGUGUAUUGCUGUGAAUGGAGAAGCAAAAUGCAUCUGUCCAUCCAGCUGGACUGGCUCCAGAUGCCAAGACGCGAUCUGUCCACAGGGAUGCAGGAACGGGGGCAGCUGUGUGGCUCCUGGAAUCUGCAGCUGUCCAGAAGGAUGGAUAGGUGGAGCCUGCCACACAGCUGUGUGUAAAAAGCCGUGUCUGAAUGGGGGGAAGUGUGUGUCUCCUAACACCUGUCGCUGUCGAGCUCCGUUCUCAGGCCCGCAGUGUGAAGAGAGGAAGAAGCUCUACUGAUGUCAGAACAGUCUGACCUCUGACCUCCACAGUCCCUUAAAUUGGUGCUAAAGUUAGGUGUUUGUUUGUUGAACCCUAACUGAACAUGUGAG